AUGGCUGUCAAAACAUCAAUGAAGAGCCGGCCAUCCUCGAAAUCUGGCUCUUCUUCCUCCGCACCACGUAGAAGCAAGACCACUUCUUCAGCCUCAAAUAAAAUCACUAGACGCCCUCCACCGAAACAAGUGAAAACCAAACCCGGCAACCACAACCCCACGGCCAGCAUAACAGCAGCCUCUAAACGCAAAAAAAGACGUAUCUACACCGACGCCGAGCUCAACCUCCCAGCACUCAACACCAUCACACCUGCGUCUGCGGCAGCUGCACCGCGCGGCAGCGGCAAGAAGAAGAAUAAGAUCUAUAUUGAUGACCGAGAGAGCAUGAUGACGAUCAUGGCCCUGGUGACUGCGGAGAAGGAGGGCCAGAUUGAGAGCAAGAUGGUCAAGAUGAGGAGGAUGGAGGAGAUUCGGGAUGCGCGACGGGUGGAGGCGGAGAAGAGGGAGGAGGAAAGGAGGAAGAGGUUGGAGGGGGUAAAGAAGGGGCUUAAGAGCGGGCGAAAGGUUGCGGGUGGUGAGAGGGAUUAUGAUGGGGAGGUGAAGGGUGAGGAGCGGAAUGACACGAAGAAGACUGCGAAGAAGAGGGUUGCAUUUGCUUGA